GCGGUGGAGAGGCCCGGUGGGCCCGGCUUGGGCCGCGGGGUCGGGAAUGGCUGCGCGGGGCCGGAUGGAGGACGGUUCCUUGGAUCUCACCCAGAGUAUUGAAGAUGACCCCCUUCUGGAUACCCACCAUCUCCCACAUCAUUCAUUACAUGCUCAUUUUAGACCCAGAUUCCAUCCUCUUCCUACGGUCAUCAUAGCAAAUCUUCUCUUAUUAAUACAUGUUGUAUUUGUCAUUUUAGCAUUUUUAACAGGUAUACUUUGUUCUUACCCUAAUCCAAUUGAGGACAAGUGCCCAGGAAACUAUACCAACCCACUGAAAGUUCAGACAGUCAUAAUCCUUGGGAAGGUUAUCUUGUGGAUCCUGCAUUUCCUUCUUGAGCGCUACAUCCAGUAUCACCACAACAAAGUGAGAAACCGGGGCUACACCAUGAUCUACCUGUCGACCAGGCACCUGAAAGGACUCACGCUGCUGAUCCACUCCACUGGCAGCACGGCUCUCCUCCUGGUGCUGAGCGUGCAGCACUCCUUCCCCGCGCCCGCCCGGCUGUAUCUUUACCUCGUCCUGGCCAUCCUGGCCCUGGAACUGCUCUGUUCCCUGACCUGUCUGCUCAUCUACACAGGCUUCUUCCUUUGUUCAGGAAUUCUGAUGCGAAGGAGGCCAUUUGAGAGAGCCAGCUAGGAUGUGAACAGGAAAACUCCCAUUCACCGGCGGCCAUCACGAGUCGGUCGAUUCUCGGCCUUCAUCUUCCCCAGAUGGCAUCUGACACGACUGACCUCCUGGAAACGUACCCCUCUUGCUCUGGGCCUCGGGCUUUCCCGGUUUCCUGCCCGCCCCGGGGCCCCAUAGCCGCCUUCGCUCCGGGCCCUCCCUGACCCGCUGGAGGGAGCCCCAGGCCUCCGUCCAUCUCCCCUAACCCCGGAGCCGUAGCACCUCAAGUGUGUCUGGGCCACGGGAAGCCACGAGGAGCUCCUCGUCUCCAACAUCCCUGCCGUACCCGGAAGGCAAGGGCAUCUCGGCAGGGUGCACACCACGUCUCUUGGCAUCAUACGGCAUCGUACGGCCUGCUUCUUCCCGGUCCUU